AUACGUACGAAAUUGUUGAUAGUGUGUUCUUGAACAUCUAAAACUGAUCAUAGACAUCUAUUACUCGCAAAUAUUUUGUAUCUAGAUUUUUUACAAUUGACAUUACAAACAAGUUGACAGGUCUAACAAUUUCUUAGUUCUUUCUUACCUAUUUGAUAAUUCGUUUUGUGUUUGUAUUAUUGUUUAACAGACAAAAGAACAACAAACUUACAAAAUGGGGAAAGGAUUUAAUAAUUACAUGUGCAAGAAGUUUUUCCAUCCAGCGUCAAGAGAUAAUUUAAAAAGAGUAUGGAUGGCAGAACAGAAAACUGAAGCUUAUAAGAAAAAACAGGAAGAAUUGAGGGUACAAUAUGAAAAGGAGCAAGAAUUACAUGAAAAUAAAGCGCUGUUAAGUAAAGAUAGUAAAGACAAACUGAGCUUAAAUUUUAUGUAUGAACCUCCACCUGGAGUUAAAAAAGAGCGGGAACGAGAAGACAAUGAACCGGAGUAUAAAUUUGAAUGGCAACGCAAGUACAAUGCACCUAGAGAAAGCUAUUGUAAAGGGGACAAUGAAAUUAGAGACCAACCAUUUGGAAUUUUGGUCAGAAAUGUAAGGUGCAUUAAAUGUCACAAAUGGGGUCAUAUAAACACAGAUAAAGAAUGUUCAAUGUAUUCUCUGUCAAUGAGCGAGGCAAGAGCUCUGCAAGCUUCAGCUUCAGUGCCUGAGGAAGAGGAGGAAAAACCUGAUGUUCCCACGUUAAUGCAGCAAAUGAGAGAUACAGGCCUUGUAAUGAAAGCUGGAGCUAUGCCUCUUGCUGCAAAUAGGAUUGUUGAUAAUGACUCGUCACUUACUGAAUCAGAUCUCUUAAGUCAGCUGACAAAGAAGCAGAAAAAGAAGCUAUUAAAAAAACUGGAGAAACUUGAAAAGAAGAAGGAGAAAAAGCAUAAGCUUAAAUCUUCUAAUAAGCAUUAAAAUGAAAUGUAAUAAAUUAACAUAAAAAACAA